CGCACUUCCGGUCUUUGUGGCUCGCAGCUGCAGGUCCGCGGCUCGUGCCCUGGCGGCUCCUGAGCUUCGCGGAAAGAAGAGAUUACUCAAAAGAAACUCUGAAAUAGAGGACCCAGUUGUAGUGAGCUUUUUGCUAAGCUGUUUCAGCCCAGAACGGCUAUGGAAUCCAGAGCAGUUUCAACCCCGGUACCUCAGAAUUCUCAGGAACAAGAGCUAAUACUAGUGAAAGUAGAAGAAAGCCUUUCUUGGGGUCAGAAACUUAAGCAGAAUGGGAGUACCCGAUCCUGCCAGGAAUUGUUUCGCCAGCAGUUCCGAAAGUUUUGCUACCAGGAGACACCUGGGCCCCGGGAGGCUCUGGGCCGACUCCAGGAGCUUUGCUGUCAGUGGCUGAGGCCAGAGUUGCACACGAAGGAGCAGAUCCUGGAGCUGCUGGUGCUGGAGCAGUUCCUGAGCAUCCUGCCUGAGGAGCUGCAGAUCUGGGUUCAGCAACACAGUCCAAAAAGUGGUGAGGAAGCUGUGACUCUGUUGGAGGAUUUGGAGAGGGAAUUUGAUGAUCCAGGGCAGCAGGUCCCAGCUAGUCCACAGGGACCAGCAGUGCCAUGGACAGAUUUGACAUGUCUUGGAGCAUCCCAGGAGUUAACAAACAUCGAACUCCAGCCUUUAAAGACACAGCUGAAACCCUGGGAACCUUGCCUUUCCCCCAGAAGCGUAUCACAUGAGCGAAGUCCACAGAAUCCUGAAGGUGAGAGAAUACAGUCCAUUCCGGGAAUUGCAGGUUGUGAGAACAAUGGAUCAGCAACAAAGAAGGACAUUUCAGGAGAGAAAUCGCAAAGACUUCCCCAGGAGCCUUCAUUUGGAGGAAUUAGUGAACAUGAAAGCAGUUCAGAGUGGCAGCAAGGAAGUGCUACAGGGGAGAAAUUAAGAAGAUCCCCUUCCCAAGGGGGCAGUUUUAGUCAAGUAAUCUUCACACACAAAUCUCUAGGAAACAAAGACCAUCCUGAGCCCCAGAGAAGCUUGAUUCUAAAUACAAACUCUAUAACGUAUCAGAAAGUUCCUGCGGAAGGGAGACCUUACAGGUGUGAUGUAUGCGGGCACAGCUUCAAACAGCAUUCUGCUCUAACACAACAUCAGAGAAUCCAUACUGGAGAAAAGCCGUACAAAUGUAGCCAGUGUGGGAAGGCCUUUAGUUUGAGGUCCUAUCUUAUUAUUCAUCAGAGAAUUCAUAGUGGUGAGAAAGCAUAUGAAUGUAGUGAAUGUGGGAAGGCCUUCAACCAGAGCUCAGCCCUCAUUAGACAUCGGAAAAUCCAUACUGGUGAGAAAGCUUGUAAAUGUAAUGAAUGUGGCAAAGCAUUCAGUCAAAGUUCAUAUCUCAUUAUCCAUCAAAGAAUUCACACUGGUGAGAAACCCUAUGAGUGUAAUGAGUGUGGGAAAACCUUUAGCCAAAGCUCAAAGCUUAUUAGACACCAGCGAAUUCAUACAGGAGAAAGACCUUAUGAAUGUAAUGAGUGUGGAAAAGCUUUCAGGCAGAGCUCAGAGCUGAUAACCCAUCAGAGGAUACAUAGUGGAGAGAAACCCUAUGAAUGUAGUGAGUGUGGAAAAGCCUUCAGUCUGAGCUCAAACCUCAUCAGACACCAGAGAAUUCACAGUGGAGAGGAACCUUAUCAGUGUAAUGAAUGCGGCAAAACCUUCAAAAGGAGCUCAGCCCUUGUUCAACAUCAGAGAAUCCACUCUGGGGAUGAGGCUUACAUAUGUAGUGAAUGUGGGAAGGCUUUCAGGCACAGAUCAGUCCUUAUGCGCCAUCAGAGAGUCCACACUGUAAAAAGACAACAUAACUGUGAUGAAUGUGGGCAAAACUUUGCUUGUAGUACAGGCCUUAUUAGGCAUCGAAGAACCCACUGGGAGAAACCCUAUGAAUGUGAUAAGUGUGGAAAGGCCUUUAAUGUGAGUUCAGCCCUGGUUCUGCAUCAGAGAAUUCAUACUGGGGAGAAACCCUAUCCUUGUAAUUGGUGUAUUAAAAGUUUCCGUCGGAGCUCAGACCUUAUUAAACAUCAAAGAGUCCACACUGGUGAAAAACCUUACAAAUGUGAUGAAUGUGGGAAAGCCUUCAGUCAGAGCUCUGAUCUUAUUAUACAUCAGAGAAUACAUACAGGAGAAAAACCCUAUCAGUGCAGUCAUUGUAGUAAAAGUUUUAGCCAGCGCUCAGACCUGGUUAAACAUCAAAGAAUACAUACUGGAGAGAAGCCUUAUACAUGUAACCAGUGUAACAAACAUUUUAGUCAGAGUUCUGAUGUUAUAAAACAUCAAAGAAUCCAUACUGGUGAGAAACCAUAUAAAUGUGAUGUGUGUGGAAAAGCCUUCAGUCAGAGCUCAGAUCUUAUUCUACAUCAGAGAAUCCACACUGGAGAGAAACCAUAUCCAUGUAAUCAGUGUAGCAAAAGUUUCAGUCAGAACUCAGACCUUAUUAAACAUCGAAGGAUCCACACUGGAGAGAAACCCUAUAAAUGUAAUGAAUGUGGGAAAGCUUUUAAUCAGAGCUCAGUCCUUAUUCUGCAUCAGAGAAUUCACACUGGAGAGAAACCCUAUCCAUGUAAUCAGUGUAGCAAAACCUUCAGUAGACUUUCAGAUCUUGUUAAUCAUCAACGAAUUCACACUGGAGAGAAGCCUUACCCGUGUAACCAGUGCAGUAAAAUGUUUAGUCGAAGAUCAGACCUUAUUAAACAUCAUAGAAUUCAUACAGGCGAGAAACCCUAUGAAUGUGAUGAGUGUGGGAAAACCUUUAGUCAAAGCUCAAACCUUAUUCUGCAUCAGAGAAUCCACACUGGAGAGAAACCCUAUCCAUGUAGCGAUUGUACUAAAAGUUUUAGUCGUCGUUCAGACCUGGUGAAACAUCAGAGAAUACACACUGGAGAGAAACCGUAUGCAUGUAAUCAGUGCAAUAAAAGUUUUAGUCAAAGCUCAGACCUCACUAAACAUCAGAGAGUACACUCUGGGGAAAAACCCUAUCAUUGUGAUUGUUGUGAGAAGGCCUUCAGUCAGAGUUCUGACCUUAUUCUUCAUCAGAGAAUUCACACUGGAGAAAAACCAUAUCCAUGCACACAGUGCAGCAAAAGUUUCAGUCAGAACUCUGACCUUAUCAAGCACCAGAGGAUCCACACUGGGGAAAAGCCAUAUAAAUGUAAUGAAUGUGGGAAGGCUUUCAGUCAGUGCUCAGCUCUUGUCCUACAUCAGAGGAUCCACACUGGGGAGAAACCAUAUCCAUGUGAUCAAUGUGGCAAAAGCUUUAGUCGGCGCUCUGAUCUUAUUAACCAUCAAAGAAUCCACACUAAUGAAAAUCCAUAUAAAUGCGAUGUGUCUGGGAAAGCCUUUAGCACAUGCACUGAUCUUACUGAACACCAGAGAAUCCACAUUGGAGAGAAACCCCACAGGUGUGUUCAGUGCAGCAGAAAUUUUAGCCAACUCUCUGAUCUUAUUAAUCAUGAGAAAGUCCAUUCUGGGGAAGACACUCUAAAUGUGAUGAAUAUGGGAAAACCUUUAGUGUAUACACCAACUUUAUUCAGUACCAGAGACACUCUGCCAGAAGAAAAUCUUAUGAAUGCUAUGGAUGAUUAUGAAAAAGCUUUUAAUCAAUGCUCAACUCUUGUGCUACAUUAAAAAAAACACACACUAGAGAGAAAACAUUAAUUCAAUUUUUAUAAUGAAAGUUUAACUCAGAGCUCAGACAUUACUAAAGAAAAAUUCUGAGGAGGAAUCCUUUGAGUUGUUGGAAAACCUUCAAUGUGAAAAUUUUUUUACUGAAUGUCAGAAACAAUGGAAAAAAUUUCUAUCUGCUGUAAUGUAAGAAAAGCUCUAGUCUUUUAUUCAAACACUGCGCAAGAGGAAAGUUUUAUCAUUAUAAGAAAUGUCUAACCAUAUUAAUGCAGAACCUUAUCAGAUAUUGUAAAAAUCAGUGUGGUGUUGUGUGCAAUCAGAACUCAGAAGGAAAUGUAUUAGUGUUAUAAUCUCAAACCUUUAGUGAGCCCAGAUCACCUAUUGCAUAUCAGAGAAGUUAUUUUAUAGAAUGUAGGGAAAAUUUAAACCCUUCCCGUAUCUUAAUUGGCAUUCACUCUGAUAAUUCGCAUACCACUUAUCUCCUGACAGCUGGAGAAUCCUACCUUAUGCAAACAUUAGUUAUUAAAUUCCCUCUGUGUGAACAUGCAAUGCUAUUCUGGUAUUAAACUUAUUAACUGCAUAACUCUAGUGCCCCAUUUUCUGAAAUAUCCUUUUUUUUGUGGGGGUGGCCAAGUUUUGGUCUUCCUAGUGAGCAUGAGUUUUCAAGUUCCUGUGGUGUUCACAGCAAAUGUGAAUUUAUUUUGCUCUUAAUGUAGCCCAUCCAUAAACUUUAGUGGUUUGAAAUUACUUCUUCAACACUACCAUUUAAUUACAGUUUCUAAAUAUGUGAAACAAUUUUUUAAAAAAUAAUUCCAUGUGUUAAAGUGUGGAUAUUUCUCUACUACUAUGUUUAUCCUGUCUGUCAUCUAUAGAUUGAAGAAAAAUGUUAGCUAAAGUAACACCCACAUGACUAUAUUGCAUAUUCUGUCUAAAA